GUUCGACAAGUAGAGAAUGAGGAUUUAGCACAGAGGGCAGCAUCGAGUGAUCAGAGACCAAUUUUUGAUGAUGACAUUCCUGCGGAUGAGAUGCAGGAUGGAGAGGAUCAACCUCAACCUGUGCAUGAGGCCCCUGCAGACACUGAGGAGGCCGAGCCUUUGGAUGAAGAUCGCGUCAUCCCCUUUGAGGAGGACUCUUCAGUUGCAGUUGAAGGAUGUUUCUUCAAUGCCGUGUUUUUGUUCACAUGGCUGCUGGGUUUGAUUGGCUACAUUUACCUGGCUAUCCGCCCCGGUGAACUCCUGAAGAAUUUUGAUUUUGUGAGCGAUGCUGAGACUUCGAGCACUGGUGCCACAGAGGAUCCAAUGGACAACAGCUCAAGCAGCGAUGCCUCUGACCAUCCAGCUUGGUCCGAAGAAGGCAUGGUUCACUGGCUUUAUGAGCGAUGUGAGAGGAGGCUGGAAAAGGCUGUUACAAAACAGGAUCCCACGAGGACAAAUCAGUACUUGGCCCGACAGGGUAUUCUGAGUGACAUGUUGGCCGCUUUGGAGGUGGCCACAGCAGAAACCAGGGGCCACAUCAAACAGGUCCUUGAGGACAUCACGGAUUUAUCAAGUGAUGAGGACUCACCCACUAUGAACACUGGUGGCCAUGACAUAGCUCUGAAUUCUGGAGUUCCGACAGGUAUUGCCACAGCUUUUGUGCAUGGAGUAGCUGGUAUGACCCUUUGUGGAUGCGACUUCGGUGACAUCGAAAUCUCCAACAACAGCAGUGUGAUCCCUUUCACAACUAUGGUCUUGACUGCAUGGUCCUUGGCACUUGGUGGUUACACAUGGUACUGGUUGAGACAGCCUGUGAGACCAGUGUAUUUCCUGCCAACGACCUUGCCGACACAUGCAGCUGAAGCUGAACCUCAGGUCAAUGAGGACUUGCAACUUGAAGGGAGCCUGCUGGUAGCUCUGCGGAGGAUCAACGGUCGUCUGGAAAGAGCACAGCGAAGAGGCAACAUUGGACAAGGCAUGAAGUACAUGCAGAGCCGAACAUGGUUGCUGAGCUGUGUGGCUCACUAUGCCAACUGCAGUCCCCAGGAGCGGCUGCGCAUGGCUGAGGUGAUUGGAGACACCGGCAACCUCAGUGAGGACGACGAGUCCCCGCAGCAUGGCAUUGGGAAUGACGAAAGACAUCUCCAAUUGGCCGAGGCCGACAAAGCCUUUCGUGCCAUUAUGACCCUCCUUGAGUACGACAGGUUCGAGGAGGUGACGAAAUUGGUAGAACAGCUUGGAGGCUCAGGUUCUCAGGCAGUGCGCUUGGUUUCAGUGCGUGCAUCAGACCAUCAUGUUGGACACUUUGAGGCGGGGCAACUAGCAACAGAGCCCCUUGAUGAGGCUGCCCCGACAACACCUAUGCAGGAUGUUCCUGGCACUUCUGUUGAACAUGGUCAGAAGAGAACAGAAGAAGACCCAAGCACGGAGUCUCCAAAACGUGCUAGGUUUGCAGAUGCAGGUUUCAAAGUGCUGGAAGAAGCGUUUUUGCUUGAUGACACGGCAGUUGGUGAACAAGCACCCAAAACACCCAAACUUUCUGAUGAUGAUGAGAAAAAGCGUCUGCAGCAGGUGACAAGCACAGACCUCAGCUUGUAUGAACACGAGGAUCAGCCGGUGAAAUUUUCUUUUCAUGCAGAUGAGUUGGACGAGUUGGAGGAGUAUGAUUGGAAUUUUCAUCACGAUGAUUUCUACGACACUGACGAAGUGCUGGACGAUGACAUGUCCAAACAGCUCAUUUUUCCGUACAGCAAGUUUGAACCAGAGGUUGCUGAAGAUGAGCUGAGACGUUUGGAUGCAAUUGCAGACAGUGUCGAAAUCAAGCGGCUGACAGGUAUGCAAGUGCUCACCAAUGCUGCAGACAUGCCACAUGUUGAAGGUGCCAGCGAUCCCGGCGGCAUCAUGACGAAGAAGGCCAACAUGUUGGCCAUGCUGAGCGCCUUGAGCUUGUUUCAAAAGGGUUGUGAUGGAGAAGUGGAUCCAGUUGAAUACAACGAAGAUGUCGCAGCUGAAGUUCGAGCAGCUGCUGUAGCAGCUGGAAUUGAUGCAGGCCCUCUGGGGAUGCAAGAUGAAGCAAUGGAGGAGGUGAGAGCGCCAAUGCCAUCUUAUCAGGACCAGAUCAUCGAUCCUGAGCACGAGCAGCGGCGUAUGGAGGAGGCUAUGGCGGCGGAUUCAGCUGCAAUGUAUCGGCGUAUGUCGUUCGACCGUGGUAACGAUCCAGCUGGCGCAGGUGCAGGUGAGCAGCAGGAUGAGCAAAUGGGAGAGGGCAACACCGGUAAGGCAAUCAAUAGACUAUUUGCAGCACCUGAAUACAACGAGGGCGCCUCUUACUACCAGACGAUCGAGAAGGCGAAAACCGAAGGCAAGUGGGUGCUUGUCAACAUCCAGCAAGCCGAAGUUUUUGCUUCACACACCCUAAAUAGGGAUGUUUGGAGCGAUGACACGGUGAAAGAUGUUAUCCAGGGAUCAUUCUUGUUUUGGCAACGGGAUGACAAGUCUGCGGAAGGUGACCAGUUUUGCCACUACCAUCAGUGCGGGCAUCAGCUCCCGCACAUUUGUAUCAUUGAUCCACGCACUGGGCGACGAGUCAAGAACUGGGAUGGCCGCAAAUGGGUUGAGUCCCAUGCUGCGGCCGAGUACCUUCUCGGAUUUCUUGAUCAAUUUUCAAUGUCAAGGUCUCCACCUCCUCAAUCUCCAGUUGGGAGUCCUACUUCCAAACCUCAGGCAAUACCAGAUCCAUCCUCCAUUGAACUUCAAGGUUUGGAUGAACCAAUGGAGGUUGAGACAUCCAGCGCACGGGUCGCAGAGCAACCAGUAGAGUCUGACCCAGUCCCAGUCAUGCCUGACGAGCCAGCUGAAGACAUUGAACAUUUGAAGGUGUCCAUCCGUCUGCCAUCUGGUCAGCGAAUCACUAGACGGUUUCGACCAGAGGACCCACUCGAGCAGAUGUUCGUGGUCGCAGCUGCCUUGGCGGAGAAGCCUGCUCGUUUGGUGGACCUUUCCACUCAGUUUCCGAAGCGCUCCUUGCGGGACAUCGAGGGUGGUCUCACCGUCCCAAUGAAGGAUGCACAGGUGGCAGGCAACAUGAUCAUGGUGAACGUUCGGACAUGUGUGGAACCUAGAUGCUCAGAUCUUGUGUGGGCGUGUGGUUUGUCUUUUCGAAACGGGAGGGUUCAUGACACUCAUGCCUCAGAUUGCAUAAACGAAACAAUGGAACAGCACAUGAACAUUUAUUUUCUGUAUACCAGUAGCACCGCACAAGGCGGCGGCGGAAGUUUCAAAAAUAGGAAACCUAUAGGUGAGAUUGGUUGUUGUGAAUCAGGGAUGGCAGAGCGAAUCCACUGA